UCAAGGCCGCUCCAGCCCCGAAUCCAGCCCCAAGUCCAGCGUCACCCUUUUAUUGAGUUUCAACAACCCGAAGGCCCGGCGCUGAACGCUCCUUGUUCUAGACUGACAACCGCCCUGACUUCCAGGAACCACCAACCCCGCCGUCCGGGCUGCGAGUUAGCUGCAAGUAGUCGUUCUCACGGCAGUCUACACAAGCAGACCUCAAAUCUUCAUCGAUAUUCCGCCUCGUCCCCCACCGCUGCAGGGGUUCCUGGAACUAUGGCUACCCCCCCCAUUGUCCUCGACGGAGGCACCGGCUUCUUGAAAGUCGGCUACGCUGCGCAAAAUUUCCCCGAAUUCCAGUAUCCCUCCAUCGUCGGCCGACCAAUCCUGCGAACGGAAGAGAAAGGCAACGAGAGCGACGUGGUGCUCAAGGAUAUCAUGUGCGGUGACGAGGCCGCGGCAGCGCGGACUAUGCUCCAGAUAUCAUACCCGAUGGAGAACGGCAUCGUCAAGAAAUGGGAUGACAUGCAACACCUAUGGGAUUACACUUUCUUCGAGAAGAUGAAGAUCGACCCGAGAGGACGCAAGAUCCUACUCACCGAGCCGCCCAUGAACCCCCUCAAGAACAGAGAGCAGAUGUGCGAGGUCAUGUUCGAGCGUUACGGUUUCGGUGGUGUCUACGUAGCUAUCCAGGCUGUGCUGGCCCUGUACGCGCAAGGUCUGAGCUCUGGCGUCGUCGUCGAUUCCGGUGAUGGAGUCACGCAUAUCGUCCCCGUUUACGAGUCUGUUGUGCUCAACCAUCUCACUCGACGACUCGAUGUUGCUGGUCGAGACGUGACCCGCAACCUCAUCUCCCUACUGCUACGGAGAGGCUACGCCCUCAACCGAACGGCCGAUUUCGAAACCGUGCGACAGAUCAAGGAGAAGCUCUGCUACGUUUCAUACGACCUGGAACUGGAUAAGCGCCUUAGCGAAGAUACCACGGUACUUGUGGAGAGCUAUACCCUGCCGGAUGGCCGAGUGAUCCGGGUGGGCAGCGAGCGGUUCGAAGCGCCCGAGUGCCUCUUCCAGCCUCAUCUCGUCGACUGCGAGCAGCCGGGCAUCGGCGAAUUCCUUUUCAACACCAUCCAGUCCGCUGAUGUCGACGUUCGCGCCUCUCUCUUCAAGGCGAUUGUCCUUUCUGGCGGUAGCAGCAUGUAUCCGGGACUACCGUCGCGGUUGGAGAAGGAACUGAAGCAGCUGUGGCUCACGCGCGUCCUUGGCGGCAACCCCGAAAGGCUCAACAAGUUCAAGGUCAGGAUAGAGGAUCCCCCCCGCCGCCGACACAUGGUGUUCCUCGGCGGUGCUGUGCUUGCCAACAUCAUGGCGGAUAAGGAGAAUAUGUGGAUUUCCCAGCAAGAAUGGGCGGAACAAGGAACGAGAAUCCUGGAGAAAUUGGGACCACGAUGAGAGUGUGGAUAGUUACGCGACAGCUAUACGGCCGGCGAGUUGAUGUAGAGAGGGGGAAUAUAGCCUGCCUAGAAUUCCACGACGAAUGUAGUCUCCGUGAAAGUCUUGAGCGGGAGAUGACAAGCAACGAAGAAACCAAGGCGUCUACGAAUAUAUAUCAUAUAGCAACACAUCAUUUAGCCUUGCCA